CAGGGAGAUCGGCAGUUUCUUUAAAUGAGUUUUUUCAUUUCAAAAGGCUGAUGUUAAUGUUCCUUUACCAGGCCAGAAGUUUUCAAAUGUAGGCCUAAUGUUCUGUAGCAUUGUCUCCUUGCAAUACAACUGGAUACAUGUUGGCAUUGUUCAUGAAUGAUUUGCUUUGGUUUUUGAAUAAGUACCAACGAUUGCGCUUCAUUUCCAGAGAUUGAUUUUACGCUAAAGAAGUAGGCUAUGUAGUCUUACCAUUGUGUCGAUGGCUAUAGUUGUUGAACAUUCUUAAUUGUUUAAAAGUCAGUGUUUCUGAUUCGCCUUAUGAAACUGAAGUUAAUGAAAUAUACUGCAGACUUUGUUAACGUUAUGCCCACUCUAUUCUAUCUGAAUUGUGAAUGAAGUCAUUUGUUUCAUAGGCCCUGGCAAGCUUUCCCCAGUAGUCUAAAGAUACACGUCUCUAAACAUUUGCUUGAUUAUUCUGUUAGUCUACAACAUUUUGAUUUAACCAUGCCUGUUGAACCUGUUGCGCUUCUGGACCUGAACAAGGAAGUCGGAGGCUAGUGUUGCUCAAUUCACUUCUCAGUUACACUAUUUUAUGCGUAAAAUGGAGGUCUUCAUCAGUUGUUAAAUGUAUAUUUGUCCGUUAUGAGUUACUUUGCAUUUAGUAUAGAUAUAGGCUGCGAUAUAUCUACUGUGUUUAAGUUUUAUUUGCAUUUAAUAGCCUAGUGUUCGAACUCAACCGUGGGAGCAGAGAUGAGACACACCUUGCUUUGAGACAGGUGUUGCCACACUCUAUCACUUCUGUUAGCCUAGUUGUCCUGACGUGUUAUUGCCUGUAGUAAGCACUUGAUUUUCUCAUUGAUGAUGAGAUGCGAAUCUUCUGUUUGGUUUUAUACUACCCAAAGUUGCAAUUUUUUUUACAUUUAAGAUCACAACUGAAAGAUGAACACCACAGCAAUGAUUUGGGAUAAUCCUACCUCCAAAUCUUGAAUUUUAAUCACUUCCAAUGCUCCAUUACAGAUAUUGGUCACCGACUUUUUUUUUAUCUGCCAUUCAUGUAGCCUAUUUUACUCUUAAAUGCUGGAGUAGACCAUUGGGUGGAGGAGAAACAAAAUUCCAGAAUGUGUAGCCUAUUUCAUACCACAUGUAUCUCAUUAACCGUUAUCACCUUUGAAAAGGAAAGCUGACAGCAGUGUGAUUACUUGAAUGCCAUUACUGAAGCACUGUCACUACUCUGAUUGAUGCAAGCCAUUUUGAAGUGACCGACCAAAUGCCUUGGACUUUUUGUAAACAGCAUCACAACUUCACCAGAGACUGACUAAAUCCAUUUUAUUUUGACAUUUCAAUGUUUUUCUAUAUGAGUGUGAAUAAGUGCAGUAAGAUGCAAAAAGAAAAUGUCCGCACAGAUCUUGUCCUUUUGCCAUCUUUGUUGCAUCUUUCUUUUCACUACCACACUCAAGAAUAUUAGUGGUUCUGUUGCCACGGCGUGCUUAACAUAACCUUACUGUGUGCUAUUGUUUCUCAACACUUGAACGCUUGUUUCUCCCUGACCUUGCUGGAGAGAAUGGAGAAUGGCAGAAUUGCUGAUGUUGCUCUCUGCCGUCUCUCAAUGGCAUCUUUCAUGCUUUAAUCCCUGGCUGAAAUGGCAUUCAGCGAGUACACUUAUAGAGCUGUGCAUCUGUAUGAUGAAUGGCUCAAAGAUGCCGACCCUAGGUUGGACGGCUGGUUUCUCAUGUCGUCCCCGUUUCCACAAACGGUCAUCCUUCUUUCCUACAUCUACUUCGUCAAAUCACUGGGGCCCAGGUUGAUGGAGAACCGCAAGCCCUUUAACUUGAGGCCGAUCCUCAUUGUCUACAACUUCAGCUCAGUGGCACUGUCCGUUUACAUGAGUUAUGAGUUUGUCAUGUCGGGAUGGGGGACAGGAUACAGCUUCAAAUGUGACCCCGUGGACUAUUCCCACUCUCCACAGGCUAUGAGGAUGGUUCAAACCUGCUGGCUGUACUAUUUCUCCAAGUUCACUGAACUGCUGGAUACAAUUUUCUUUGUUUUGCGUAAAAAGAACAACCAGAUCACCUUCCUCCACGUGUACCAUCACGCCAUCAUGCCUUUCACCUGGUGGUUUGGUGUAAAGUUUGCUCCAGGCGGAAUCGGAACCUUCCAUGGCCUUCUGAACUGCAUUGUCCAUGUCAUCAUGUACACCUACUACGGCCUGUCAGCCUUGGGGCCUUCUUUCCAAAAAUUCCUCUGGUGGAAGAAGCAUCUCACAUCAAUUCAGCUGAUCCAGUUUGUCAUAGUCACCUGCCACAGUAGUCAGUAUUUCUUCAUGGAGGACUGCGGCUACCAGUACCCCAUCUUUGUGUACAUCGUCGCCCUCUAUGGCAUGGUCUUUCUGCUGCUCUUCCUCAACUUCUGGUACCACGCUUACACCAAGGGCAAGAGGCUCCCCAAAGUGCUGCGGGCCAAGGGGCCCGACCCCAAUGGAAAUGGGGUGCUCCAUAACAAAGAUGAGUAGAGGCUUGACCGGACGGCAUCUACACGCUGACAAUCGCUUGAAUCUCCCGAGACUUUCUUUGGUUAACCUGGUGAAGAAUGUUGGUUUAGAAGUACCCAUGCAAUGCUGUUGUCGUUGGGGCAUUUGUCUUAUUUUGUUCUUUCCUUCCCUCGUUAGAACAUCUCGUAAAGGGACUUUUUAUGCCAUGGUAGCAUUCUACAAGCCUUUCUUCUACAAGCAAUUUUUACAUAUCCAAUCCAAGAUAUUUUAAUGUUUUUUGUAUAUUUUGUUGUAAACUUUUUUUUUUGUAUAUCCUAGCCAUCAGAGUUAAGCAGUUUAGCAUGUUAAUACCACUGAAACGGAAUGAUGCUUUUUUAAAAAGGAAAUGCUAAAUGUUUACAGAUGUUGUUCUACUGCUCUUUAAUUUAUCUGACUCCCAUGAUAUCUUUGUGCUCAAUAGAGAAUCAAACCUGGCCCACUCUGUCACAACCGGACUAGUUAGCAUCCACCCCAUCUCUCUUAUGAAUACUCAAAGAAACCAUCACUUGAGGUUUCCUGUUUCUCCAAAGAUGUGAUGUUGCGUCAAGAGAUCGGGAAGGGGCUUGUAGCUGUCUAGCCCAGCAAAGGCUCCAGACUUGUACCAGUUGUGGUCCUCAGGACUGUAAUGUCCUUGGUUUGGCUUUGGACCUCUCCCCAUGACAUGUUUACCGAGUGUCUCUUAAGGACAAAUAAACACCGGUGUUAAAUGAUGGGAGAGUAUGAAAACUUGGCACAUCUUCUCUAAGGAAUAUUCUAGGUGAGGUGUUCUUGGUUUUCUCUGCCUGUCAGGAUGGCUUUUAUAUAUAUAUAUAUAUAACAGAAUUGAAUGUAAAAAAAACAAAUGUUUUACGUAUAUUUAUAAUGUCCAAAUAAAUGCUGUUAUCACUGUUA